UCCCCAGGAUGUUGCAUGCUGUCUUGGGUCUCAUGUUUUCGGACAUAUAAUGAAACAUCCUUGUCGUUCUUGUCUGCAGGUUGGGGCACCAACGAGGCACUGAUCAUAUCAAUUCUGGCUCACAGAAAUGCUGCUCAACGAACAGCCAUCCGCAAGGCUUAUGCCGAGACCUACAACGAGGAUCUCCUCAAGGCUCUGGACAAAGAGCUCUCCAGUGACUUCGAGAGAGCCGUGCUGCUUUGGACACUCGACUCGGCAGAGAGAGAUGCGUAUCUAGCCAAGGAAGCUACCAAGAUGUUCACUUCGAACAACUGGGUCCUAGUGGAAAUCGCUUGCACGAGGUCGGCCUUCGAGCUUUUCAAGGUGAAGCAAGCUUACCAAGCUCGUUACAAGAAAUCCCUCGAGGAAGAUGUCGCUUAUCACACAUCUGGAGAUCUCAGGAAGCUUCUGCUUCCUCUUGUGAGCACGUUCAGGUACGAGGGA